AUGAGUUCGUCCACUCCAAACAAACACUUAAAGCUUGAAAUAAAUAUUGGUGAUCAACUAACGACCAUAUCAUGUGGUCACGUUGUUGCAGAAUUAAUAAAAUUUAUAGCGUAUCAAAGACUGCAGAUUCCUUAUACCUAUCCAUGGUUGAAGCAACUUAUCACCAAAAGGAAGGAACUGGAUCACGAAAAUAAAAAAGAAAGCUUUCAAAGUGAAAAACACUUCCGUACUGCAGAAACCGCACUGAAAAAUUUAGAUCUUAUCCUAAAGAGUCUGCUUCUUGAAAUUAACAGCCCAUCAAUGCCAGAUGAGGUGUGCAUAAUUCUCGGAGCUACACCUAUAACUUGUAAGGAAGUGUAUAGAUUGAUAUUGCCAGCUACUUGCCACAGACCACAGUGUCAUUCAAGUCUCAUAGCCAGUGACCAAAAAAUACAUAGAAAUGUAUUUAGAGCAGUAGUGACCUCUGAGAAAUUGAAUGAAAUGUUCUUAAACACUUUAGCUCCAACAAACAUGUUUGUUUUUCUAAAGAAAAGAACCUUUAACGAUCAAGAUGCUUUGCUGGAUACAAGUAACUAUUCAUUUACAAGUGGUCACCGAAUUCCUGCUAGUUCUAGAAUAAUUGUAAUCAAUUUCAGAACAGGAAAUACUGAAAAUUUUACCUGUUGUAAUGAGUUUAAAAUUUUUAGUGAUGUAUCCACUACUGAUAUUGGCAAUGAGGAUAGUUUCAAUGAAAACUGUGAAGAAUUAAAUGAAAUCGAAUCCACUGACACAAUAAAAUGGUAUCAAUCAUCUUAUGUGAUGAAAGGAUUCAAAGACUGUAUCGUAAACGGUAGUUCUAUUACUAACACAUGGAUGAGUUCUUGAUAUUAGUAGAAUUUGAUUGAUAUUAGUAAAAUUUUGACUUCGUUUUUUUGCUGACAGUAUUUCUGUUUGCAUUUUGUAUGUAGCAGUUGAGUUAGUACAAAUAUUUAAAAAAAUGUUUUUGAUUUAGUUCAAUAAUCUAGUAGUCAAUCCCAGAUUUUAUUGAAUAGCUAUCAUUUAUAUAUUUGUUAAAUUAUACUGUUUUUUAUUUAUCAUUAAUGGUUAACAAAUUUGCAAUAACAGUUGUGCCUUUUAAGAUUUGUUUACAUCAAUUUUCUUUUUAAGUGAAAUGGGAAAUGAAAAAACGAAUGCAAGCUGUGUAUAUUUUUAGAUGCGUAAUGAUGAUAGAUAUUUAUGUAUGUAUUCAGUGUAUUUGAAAAGCUCUGUAGACAAAUAUUUAAAUGGUAGUAAAUAUUGUUAUAAUAAUACUUUUGAUGAUUUAAAGAUAAAACUAUUAGAGAACCUUGUAUAUAGGUACUAAAAGGUGAAAUUAAAUAUUUUUAUUCUGGUCAAGAUAUUAGGUAUAUUAUUGUACUUUAUUAUCAUCAGAAAAAAAGUAUUGUAUUCUUGUGCGCCUUGAUAUGUGUGCAAAUUUUCAUGAUAUCUGAAGGCUUUAAGUUAGUUAAAAUUAGAUUGAAUGAUUUCGUUACUUAUAUUAAUUGAUGUUUGAUACAAGUUGAGCUAGGAUUUUUUAAAGACUGACUUUCAAGACCUCACUAAUGGAUAGUUGUUUAUGUUGUUAAUAAACUGUACCUUAUGCAGAUAAGACUUCUUGAAAAUAAAUAAAAACAGUUUGUGUUACGAAUGUUGAUGGUAUUAUCAUUUUACUGUUGAAUGUGUGGUUCAUUCAGUAUUAUGUCAGGCUAUAAUUUUGAGAUAAAAGUGUGCAAACUAUCCAAACUAAAAACACUGUUUAAAAUACGGAUUGGAAGCAUUUUAGAUUAUUGAGGAUAUUGAGACAUUUUUAGAUAGGAACCACCUACAAAUGCAAAAUCGUAAAAGUAAUUUUAAUAAAUGAAUUGGAAAGACGCAUGAAAAUUAUUAAAAGAGUUUAGUAUUAAGACUAUAAUUACUUAUAGAAUCAAUUUCUAAAAUAAAAAUAUGGUAAUGAA